GGUUGCCCAACACCGGCGGCGACGACCUCUAAACAACCUUUUGGGGUCUCGUCGCCGUGUCUCGCUUAUUUCGCUUUGGAAUUUCACGUUAACGCCGCAGUCGCCGUCGACCGAAGCAGAGACGGUGGCAGAGGCGGCGGCAACUCGGGCCGAAAAUAAAAGCGUUUACCGCUCUCUCCUCCAGUGCAGCAGCAGCAGCGGACGCAGCCAGUAGCCCAGUAGCAGCUAAUCACCUCCCAGAUUCAGUUUCCAGUUCGAACUACACUCGAAUCUCAAAAUGACCACCUACUUCAACUACCCCAGCAAGGAGCUGCAGGAUGAGCUCAGGGGCAUCGCCCAGAAGAUCGUGGCUCCCGGCAAGGGUAUCCUCGCCGCCGAUGAGUCCGUGUCCACCAUGGGCAAGCGUCUGCAGGACAUCGGCGUGGAGAACACCGAUGACAACCGUCGCGCCUACCGUCAGCUGUUGUUCAGCACCGACCCCAAGCUGGCCGAGAACAUCUCCGGCGUGAUCCUGUUCCACGAGACCCUUUACCAGAAGGCCGAUGAUGGCACUCCCUUCGUCGACAUCCUGAAGAAGAAGGGCAUCAUUCCCGGCAUCAAGGUCGACAAGGGUGUUGUCCCACUGUUCGGCUCCGAGGAUGAGGUCACCACCCAGGGUCUGGAUGAUCUGGCCGCCCGUUGCGCCCAGUACAAGAAGGACGGCUGCGACUUCGCCAAGUGGCGUUGCGUGCUGAAGAUCGGCAAGAACACCCCCUCCUACCAGUCCAUCCUGGAGAACGCCAAUGUCCUGGCCCGUUACGCCUCCAUCUGCCAGUCGCAGCGCAUCGUGCCCAUUGUGGAGCCCGAGGUUCUGCCCGAUGGCGAUCACGAUCUGGACCGUGCCCAGAAGGUCACCGAGACCGUCCUGGCCGCCGUCUACAAGGCCCUCAGCGACCACCAUGUCUACCUGGAGGGUACUCUGCUGAAGCCCAACAUGGUCACCGCCGGUCAGUCGGCCAAGAAGAACACCCCCGAGGAGAUCGCUCUGGCCACCGUGCAGGCUCUGCGCCGCACCGUGCCCGCCGCUGUCACUGGUGUGACCUUCCUGUCUGGUGGACAGUCCGAGGAGGAGGCCACCGUCAACCUGAGCGCCAUCAACAACGUUCCCCUGGGCCGCCCAUGGGCCCUCACCUUCUCCUACGGCCGCGCCCUGCAGGCUUCCGUCCUGCGUGCCUGGGGUGGCAAGAAGGAGAACAUUGCCGCCGGCCAGAACGAGCUGCUUAAGCGCGCUAAGGCCAACGGUGAUGCCUCUGUGGGCAAGUAUGUUGCUGGCUCCGCUGGCGCUGGAUCCGGAUCCCUGUUCGUGGCCAACCACGCCUACUAAUUUCAGCGGAGGCGGCACUGUCGACACACAACUACAUAUAACUAUCUACGAAGCCGAUUGCUUGAAAUGUUUGAUUUUGGCAGUUUUGUUUAUAUUUAUCUUAGUUUCGUGAGCUAAGCAAGCAAGCAUAGAAAAAACCAAAAAAAAAGAAAGAAAAUGAUGAAGGAUUAAAAAUUGAAAACAUGUUAUUCUCUUCUAGUAUAUAUUUGCAAACAGAAUAUACGCAAACAAAAAUAAUAAUAACAAACAAUAAUAAACAAACACAACACGAUGAGUAUAGAAAGGAUUACGUUCGAUGAGAAGCAAUUUUAUCUUUAGUUUUAAGCACAAGAAACAAUACUUGUUGAAGUUAUGCAAUUUCUAUUUUAUUAUUAUUACUAUGAUUAUGUAAGAUUUCAAUGUGAACAAGCAAAGAGAAUAUGUCGUAAAUCGUUAAGUAAAUAGUGCAAACAACACCUGUCGCUAUCAAACAACACCAAAAUGUUAAAUGGCUUGGACCAUUGAAAUCGCACAAAGUUUUCUUACAUUUUUUAAUGUUUAUACAAAAAAGUUAUCUAUGAUGAAAAUCGAUGUUUUAUCAUUAUUAUUAUUAUUACAAUUUAUAUUUAUGAUUGAUAAGUAUAAGUGAAAGAAUAUGACGCAAAAUAAACAAACACAAUACAAUAGAUCCCAAAAGAACCCCCAAAACAACUCUUAUACUUAUAUACAACAAAACAUAUUUACUUACUGACACAACUUGUUGACGAACAAAAUGUUGUUACUAAAACGAAACACGAACUUUCAGGACUGGAAAAAGGACAUCCAGUAGCUGCAAAACUGUGCAGGGGCUCAGUGCUUGUUAAUCCGAGUUUCACGACUUUUUUUACUGAGACCCCAUCGACGCUCGGAGACAGGAGCGAAGUUUUUAUUGUCACAGUACAUAUAUUUAUGAACUUAAAUAUUGUAUGAAUGACUAACACUAACACAUAUAUUUAUCAAAGCAUGUUUUCUUAAUUUAUAUAUGUUAUUCAAGUUGCAAUUUCUGCAUAUCGUUGUUAAUUACAAAAAAACUGUUUGAAGUGCAAUGUGAAAAUAAUACACGUAAAAAUGGUAUAUUUAUAACAGUAACAGGCAAAAUAAGUAUAAACUAGAUUAUUCAGUAACUAAAUAUAAAAGUCACAACUUUUGACAGCAACAACAACAAGCUGUUUAACCAAUAUACAAGAAAUAAAAAACAACAAAAGAAUAAUAACAACAACAUAAAGUAAGGGUGUGAGAAAACAUCAUUCAAUAAAAAAACCUUAAGAGCAAAACA